AUGGAUCAACAGGGUCAAUCCGGGGUUCCCGGUCCGACGGGCCGCAAGCUUCACAUUGCUCAUCGAAGAAGCCCAUCAGAAUUAACUCCUCUUAUGAUGGAACAAUUAGCGAUUCAGCAACAGAUUGAGCUGCUUCAGCAGCAACAACAACAAAUCGCAGCUACCCACCAACAGUAUGUUAACAUGGGACUCCUACAGCCUCAGCAGUUGGGUCAGGUCUCUGCGUUCUCUCCUUCACUCCAAGGUGGUGCGUCUAUGGGUGGGGUUUCCCCUCAGCUCAAUGCCUUCCAGUUCCCUCAACUUGCUCAGCAACAGCUUGGUGUUCCGAUGAACAGCCCCGGGCAGCAUUCGCACCGCCGCAACCAAUCAGCCCUCCCUGGCUUGGGUAUGGGACCUCCUCCAGCUCCGUCUUCCGGAGCUUCAGGGUAUUCUGAUUAUAAUCAGCCCCAAAGCAGCCAGCCGAAAAAUGAGAAUGGAGGUCACGGUCGUGGCCGAGGGGGACCCCCAGGUGGUGGUGGUCACCAGCGACGUCACUCGCUUGCGCUGCCUGAAGCCAAGAAGGCUGCCGAACUCGCCCAGCAGAAGAGAACGGCAUCCGGAUUUCAGUUCCCUAUCCCCAGUGCUGGAGGUGAAUCAUCCGAUAAUGCAGCAGGUUCGGACGACAAGUCCACUCCUUCCACGACACCAGUUCCUCAGGGACUGGGUCUGCAACGGGCCGGCAACAUUCGGUCUGGCGGACAUGGCCGUAGUCAGUCUAUGGCUGUGGGCAGCAACCGGGGCUCUAUAUCCGGCCGUAGCGCUGGUGGAUUCCAAUUUCCACAGUCGAAUGAUUCAGAGAACCCACGUCGCGGAAGCCAGACAGGCCAUGCUCGUACUUCGUCUCGGAACUUCGACGGCAACUGGCGCCAACCAAACAACCAGGGUCAGAGUCAGGAUCAGCAGAAGAGUUUUGGACAACAGGGCAGUGGGUUCCAGCCCGGUCACCGUGCGCGUGCAUCGAUGAACCAAUCCAUCGGCUCCAUCGGCUCGUUCCAGUAUCCUAGCCAGCCGCAGCUCAUUCAGUUACCCCAGGGUCAGGUAGUCAUGGCCCCACCGCAGAUGUUUGGCGGCGGUCAACAGCUGAACCCGCUGCAGCUUGCACAGCUUCAGGCUCUCCAACAAAAUGGCCAGCUGAACGGCCAGGGCCUGGGUCUCCAAGCCAGCCAGCAUGCUCCUCCCCAGCUGUCUGCCCAACAGCAGCAGCAGCAGCAGCAGCAGCAGCGGAAGACUUUAUUCACCCCAUAUCUGCCUCAGGCCAACCUUCCUGCGCUAUUGAGCAAUGGUCAACUAGUAGCCGGUAUCCUGCGGGUCAACAAGAAAAACCGUUCCGAUGCAUACGUUACAACUCCAGACCUGGAUGCGGAUAUCUUCAUCUGUGGCAGCAAAGACCGAAACCGUGCUCUUGAGGGCGACUACGUGGCCAUUGAACUCCUGGAUGUUGAUGAAGUGUGGUCUCAGAAGCGCGAAAAGGAAGAGAAGAAGAAACGCAAAGACAUCACUGACGCACGCACCGGUAGCAAUGCUGGAAGCGAUAAGCUCUCUCGAUCUGACUCCGGUGCCAAUGGAGACCGCCAGGAGGUCGGUCCUGACGGCAGCAUCCGCCGCCGCGGCAGUCUUCGCCAGCGCCCAACACAAAAGAAGAAUGACGAUGUCGAAGUGGAGGGUCAGAGCCUCCUCUUGGUCGAGGAAGAUGAGAUCAGUGAUGAUCAGAAGCCGCUGUACGCUGGUCAUGUCGUGGCUGUAAUUGAACGUAUUGCCGGACAGAUGUUCUCGGGCACUCUCGGACUCCUGCGUCCCAGUAGCCAGGCGACGAAGGAGAAGCAAGAAGCUGAACGGCUUGCCAGAGAUGGCCCUCAUGGCCGUUCGCAACACGAUCGUCAGCAGGACAAGCCUAAGAUUGUCUGGUUUAAGCCUACCGACAAGCGUGUUCCCCUCAUCGCCAUCCCUACGGAACAGGCGCCUCGCGAUUUCGUCGAGAAACACCAGGACUACGCCAACCGCAUCUUUGUUGCUUGCAUUAAGCGAUGGCCCAUCACGUCCUUGCAUCCUUUUGGGACUCUUGUUGAGCAGUUGGGUGAAAUGGGCGACCUGAGGGUUGAAACCGAGGCGCUCCUCCGUGACAACAACUUCGGGUCCGACGAGUUCUCUGAUGCUGUCCUCAAGAGCAUUGGCUGGGAGGACUGGUCGGUUUCUAGCCAGGGCGAAGCUCUUCUCGCCUCUCGCCGCGACUUCCGUCAGGACACGACGUUCACCGUCGUUCCUAGUGGAACCAAGGAGCUCGAGAAUGCUUACCAUUUCAAGCCUCUUGGAGACGGCAAAGUGGAGAUUGGAAUUCACGUCACCGACAUCGCUCACUUUGUUAAAGCUAAUUCUCUGGUUGACCGUGAAGCAAAGAAACGAGGCACUGCCGUCUACCUCGUUGACCGACUAGUCAACUUGCUGCCGCGGCGCAUCUCUACUGAGCUUUGCUCUUUGCUUCCUGGAGAGGACCGUCUUACGGUCAGUGUCGUGAUUAAGGCUAAUCCUGAGACUGGUGCCAUUGACGACGAUGUCUGGAUUGGCAAGGGCAUCAUCAAGAGUGCUGGUCGGCUGAGCUAUGAGGAAGUGGAUGCUGUGGUCCAGGGAGCUUCAGAUCUUUCUGUGCCUGAAAUAAAGGCUGAGACUCUUCGAGCACUAUACGCCGUGGCCUCGAAAUUCCGCGAAGCGAGAUUCGGUAACCGGGUCUCGCAUUUACCUCCUCUGCGGUUACUAUACCAGACGGAUGAUGAGAAUGUUCCAGUUGAAAGCAACAUCUUCAACUCCUCUCCUGUGCGGGACAUUGUGGAGGAACUGAGUCACAAAGCCAACUUCUUCGUUGCUCGUAAAUUGGUGACUGCCCUGCCCGAUAAGGCAUUCCUCCGUCGUCAGCCAUCGCCUAAUGUGCGCCGCCUCCACUCGUUCAUCGACAGGAUGAAUAGGCUUGGAUUUGGGCUAGACUCGACGAGCAGUGGGACUUUGCAGAGCAGUCUUUGCAAGGUCCAGGAUGAUGAUUUACGCAAGGGAAUGGAAACACUUCUGGUCAAAGCUAUGCAGCGUGCCAAGUACUACGUGGCCAGCAACGUGCAGGAUGACCAGCGCCAUCACUACACUCUCAACAUGCCAGUCUACACUCAUUUCACCAACCCAUCUCGUCGCUACGCAGAUAUCAUUGUACAUCGCCAACUAGAGGCCAUCCUGUCCAAUGGCGCCGCUGAGUUCUCGGAUGAUGUUGAAACACUGAGCAAGACUGCAGACGUUUGCAACAACAAGAAGGAUUCUGCCCACAAUGCUCAGGAGCAGAGCGUGCACAUUGAAGCGUGCCGUGCCAUGGACAGGAAGAGACAGGAGAUUGGCGGGGACCUAAUCAGUGAGGGUAUUGUCCUCUGCGUCUAUGAGUCUGCUUUUGAUGUCCUCAUUCCGGAGUAUGGCUUUGAGAAGCGUGUCCAUUGUGACCAGCUGCCCUUGAAGAAGGCCGAAUUCCGCAAGGAAACCCGAGUUCUGGAGCUUUACUGGGAGAAGGGUGUCCCGUCCUCUGCGUAUAUCCCUGAAGAUGAACGUCCAAAGCCCGCAAACUCCCGUGCUGCUCAGGCAGCGGCGGCCGCGCGUGAAGUAGAAGCUGCUAGAGAACGCGCUCGCGAGAGGGAGGAAGCUAUGCGGAAGCAGACCGAGACCGGAACCAUAUCCACUAACGAUGUGGAUGCUCUCUUCGACGAUGACGACGAUGACGUCUCCGAAGUCACUGAGAUGGCUGCAGGUGUGUCAUUAAACUCAUCUGCCGACCGCUCGACUCAGAGCAUGCCACCUUCCCCGACUCGCAAUGGUCACCUUCAACAAUCCCCUCACCGGACCCGAUCCGAUCCGAAGAUUGCCACGAUCAGUGGUGACGCCCCCGAAGCGAAACUGACCAACAAGGAGAAAUACCUACAGCUUUUCAAGCUUAGGGAAGAGGACGGAGAGUAUAUUCAAGACGUCACUGAGAUGUCCCGCAUUCCCAUCAUACUGAAGACCGACUUGUCUAAGAGUCCUCCUUGUCUCACGAUUCGGUCUGUAAACCCCUACGCUCUGUAG